AGAAUCACUGAUAGCCGGUUUAAAUUGACAACUAAAGUUAUACGCAGAGUAUUACUCGUUUAUCUUGAUUAGCCCGUAGUAUUCGAGUAGCCUGACGAACCGUACCAGACAGAGAUAGGAACAUUAUAUAAGUGACUGUUUAAUAAUGACAUAACGAUGCUUCCAAAUGACACGUGAAUAAGAGAUCGUAAUGGCGUUUAGUUAGCGUACGGUUAGACCAUUCGAGUUUUCAUAAAACAGUGAGUCAAUUGGGUGUGAAAUGAAUGAAGUGAAUAGAAGUUCGAAACAUGAUUAAUUUGAUGUUCAUAAGAUUUUGAUUCGCGUCAUUAUAUAUGAUUGCUAAUUUGACGACUAUGUAGAUGUUAUUUUGAUCAGCCGUGAGGCAACCCGAAUACAAAUAAGAUGUUUUGAAAAAUGGGCUCUUGGAGUCGAUUUUUCAAUACAACGACAAAUGUAUCGGUAUAACAAACGAACGCAAAGAAACAGAUGUGAUCCGUGAUAGGAACCAUGAAACUUCAGGACAAUGGUCAUGAAAUCAGUACAAAUUCGUUGUAAAGCUAGUUUAAAUAUAUUACUUUAAACCGAUUAAUUGUUCUUUUUUUCAUUCAUUAAUUACCGUAGAACAAAUACAUUUCGAAGAUGCCCGUAAUGGAUUGUAAAUUUGAUUCAUUAAUAAUGGAUGGUGCGAACAAGAAGCAGAAUGUUCACCAUGACCUAGAGGAAGAGAAUCAGAAAAAAAAUCUGGAUGACAAGAUGGAAAAAGAGUCGGAAGUAGACGUGGUCUAUGCCACUCGAUUAGACUCCACAAGACCCGAGGACGUAGAGAAAAAAAUUCAAUGUCUGAAAUAUGUAUUGGAGAAGGAUCUAAGAGCAGCUGAUCUGAAGUGGUCAUUAUUCGUAGCAGCUUGUAACACGUAUCGCUACGAUACUUGUUUAAAACCCUUUCCACCGAUGUAUAUAAAAAAUGAGUGCAAGGACAUCGAAGCUUUGAGAAGAGCUAUAGAAGUAAUUCCUCCGUUGGCUGUAAUACUUAAAGCAUUAUCUGAACCGAAUGCCUAUGAGAGAUAUGGGUCGGCUAUAGACUUGUUACAUUGGGUUCUAGUACGUCUCAGAGAUCCUUAUAUAAAAAGCAUUAAGAAAGAAAGUUAUGACACAAUAUUGAGAAAAGUACCCUCAGAAAUAUCUACAGUUGCUCCGAAUUUAAUAUUCCAAGUUGCAAGUACAAAACAAUCUACUUCAGAAGACAGAUGGAAAACGAUUGCCCAAGGCCAUUCAACUUUUUAUGCUUAUCAUGGUAGCCGCUUAGAGAACUUUCAUUCCAUCAUACAUUACGGUUUACAACAGAUUAUGUGUAAGAAAUCGUUGUUUGGUAAAGGGAUAUAUCUUUCAAGUGAAUUAGGUGUAAGUUUACCAUAUAGUCCUGUCGGCUACGGAUGGGGAGGUAGCGUGCUAGGAAGUGAAAUGAGUUGCAUAGCUUUGUGCGAGCUCGUUAAUCAUGCAGAUGUAAAAACUGGGGAUUCAGAGGACAGUGCCAGAAGUAUUGUCACGGAUUCUGUAGAUGGAAGAGUACCAAAUAAAUAUUAUCUGGUAACGAACAGCGAGUUAGUAAGGGUACGGUAUCUUCUCGUUUAUAGCCAACAAGUUCAAGCAACGAGGUGUACUCAAAGCAAAGGAAUACUAACAUGGUUCAAACAACACAAAUUAUUAACAUUUACUAUGGUAAAUCAAGAAAAUGUGAAGAAUGCCAAGUCUUCCACUACCACAUUAGCUGGGAAGACGAAAAGGGCUGCUUUGGGUGAAAUAGGAAACAAAGUAAACACAUUAAGAGGCAUAGAGCCUGUUGAUAGGACUAGCUUGCUACAGAAGGACCCGAAAAAAAUUGUGGUGCCAAAACAAGCAGUCAAACCGCAAGAGAAACCGACUGAAAAAGUACCUGUACAAGUGGUUAAACCUUUAUUGAAGGCUGCAGCUCCUAGCGUAAACCAUGCAGUGCUGCAGCUUCCCAAGAAGGAAAUAGAAUCGUUCUCGUCGGAUCUGCUGGCGAUUGAAGAUAUCGACGAGGACGAUAAAGAGAAUCCUUGUUUAGUUUCUAUGUAUAGCAAUGAAAUCUACGAAUAUUUGAGAAAGGUGGAGAGCAUGUACCCCGUUAACAAAGGAUAUCUUAGCGGACAAGAAGUUACACCAAAAAUGCGGAGUGUACUUAUAGAUUGGCUAGUAGAAGUACACCAACAAUUCCACUUGUUGCAGGAGACAUUGUAUCUGACCGUUGCUAUCAUUGACCGAUUUUUACAGAGUUUUCGCACGAUAGAUAGGAAGAGGUUGCAGUUAGUCGGUGUGACAGCUAUGUUCAUCGCUAGCAAAUACGAGGAGAUGUACGCCCCGGACAUAAAAGAUUUUGUAUAUAUCACCGAUAACGCGUACUCGAAGGUAGAAAUACUGCAGAUGGAAAUCGUUAUCGUACAAACGUUAGACUGUUGUUUCGGUAGGCCGUUACCCUUACAUUUUCUGAGAAGGUACAGCAAAGCUGGAAAGGCUGUUCAGGUGCAUCAUACAAUGGCCAAAUAUUUUCUAGAACAGAGUUUAGUACAUUACGAAAUGUGUCAUUAUCCACCGAGCCUUCUCGCAGCAGCAGCGAUAUAUUUAGCUUUUCUAAUUAUUGGUAACGAUGACGAGGACAAGCAGAAGUUAGUCUGGACGAAUACCUUGGUUCAUUAUAGUAGCUACUCCAAGGACGACGUGUUACCCGUGGUGCGGGAAACAGCGACUAUGAUACUUAACGCUGAAAAGAGUAAAUAUCAGGCAGUGAGGAAGAAAUACGCCCAAUCGAAAUUUAUGAAGAUCAGCAUGCGCCCCGAGCUUAGAUCACCCACGAUGAUCGCUAUAUCCACCGUGAAUAAACCGACGGUGUAAUGUUUGUUUUUCAAAGGUAACCGGAGCAAAUACUUUGUUUGUUCAAUGAUCCUUUGAACGAAACAGUUUUUUAUCACGUAUAGAAUGAUAUAUUUUCGAGGAAAGAGAUACGUGAGAGAGACGAGCAGGUUUGAAACAAUAAGAUUAGACGAGACUAUCUUCAUUCCUUACUUGUUUCGCACAUGUUUUUCACAUUGAAUAGAGUAGCAUGUUUAGAUCCCUUCAAUAAACAAAUUAUUUCUAAGUGAUGACUUCCGCUCCGAAAUAUAUUGGAGUAAAUGAUUUGGAAAUAAUUUAAAA